UAAUGGAAGAUUAAGAAAAAGAGAAAAGUAGAAAACCAAUGACCUUAAGUUAAAGAAUAAGAAUGGAAUUGUCUUAGUAAUAGGAAGAAAGAAAACCUGUAGAGGGACCUUAGUUGAUAAAGCAUAAGCCAUCUAGUUAUGAUGAGGAGACAGGAUAAUUGUAUUCUUUCUAUGCUAGUGCAGUAAAUUAAACUUAGCAAUUUUUUUCAAAUAUAUUUGGAGGAACAUAUAUACCACAAUAUCAAUUUAGUUUUAAACAUAAAUAAAAUGUGAUAAAAUAUGUGUUUGAAAAAAAUAAUGUUAUUGCUGAAUAUGUAAGUAAGGAGAUGAGAAAGAGUUAAAAGGAUAUGGAUUUAAAUGAAUUGCUUUAAUUAUAAAAUAGAAUGAUGUUAGUUGCUUAAUUAGCAGAUUGUAGAAAUAGAAUAGGAAUAAAUGCUUAUUGUUGGGGUGCUAUGAUGGGUAGUAUAUUUAUGUUAUUACCAAUAUCAAUAUGGAAGAAGGGAGCUAUGUCAAUGAGUGUAUUUCAUUUAUUUGGAAGUUAUGUAAGUUAAGCUAACAUAGACAGAGUAUUUGAUAAGGUUUAUUAAUUUUAUGUUUAUGAUUUGGAGUAAUAUAAGAAGGAGAGAGAAAAUAUGACAGUGGGAUAAAUAAAGUAGAGUAAAUUGGAUAGAGAUUUGGAGGAUGUAAUAUAUAUACAUUUAUAUAAUAUAUUUAGAAAAGACUAAGAAAGUACUUGCGAGAAAUUAGUAAAUAAUAAUGAG